AUGAGUUUAGUAGAUUUUCUUACCUUUCACCCAAUUUACAGGUUGCCUGGCAACGUAGCUCACAAAUGUGUGUUUUCACAACAUUCAGUUGACAAGUGUCGAGGAGCAGGUGUGCCUUUUUAACUUGCUAAGAAAAUCAAAAUGAGAUUUAUUCCGCUGCAUACGACCAACACGGCGAUCGUGUACAAAAACUCGCUGUGCUCCUUCGCCUCGCUUAUAGUCCUGGCUUUCAUAGCCCUGUCCGUGAUGAUACCCGUCUUGCUGGUCUCCCUGCUGAGCCCAUACUCUGGGAUCUCUGAGUCGAGAGUCCUGUACGAGCAGCCCAAUGUGGAGUUCAGCUAUCAGUACAUAUUCGUGGGCACGGCUGAGGAGGAUGGCGAGCAGGAACUGGCAGUGGCUUGCAGCAGCUUCAGCGAUUUUAAUGCCCAAAUGGGUGGCUAUACCAAUAGCUGCAGUGCCACCAGAUAUUGGACCGAGGAUGUGGACUAUGACACGGUGACGGACCGGGCGCAUUUUCAAUUGGAGCUGCAGGAUCCCGCUCGCCUGGUUAGCUUCAAUUUGCUGGUCUUCUUUGAAGCUCAGCUGCAGCACAAGUGUGAUCUCUCGCCGCCCUCCGUGCUGGCCCACCAGCUACAGAUUCCGCUAGCCGCUCGCCUAAACAACGGGCACAUCCAGCUGAAGGGCGAGCUGCAGCUGAAGCAGUACGUAGAGUUCACCUGCCCCUUUCCGGGGCGCAACAUCAAGACGCAGUUUCGACAGGUGCAUAUCGACACAAAUGCCAGCACUGCCGACAUUGGCCAGUACAAAAUGGAAUCGCUGCUAGCCCAGGUGAAGGCCAAUCCUGCCUAUUUCCAACUGUCGGUGCAGGAGACUUACUACAGACCUACUCCACCCCGGUUGGAGCCUGGCCUUGUCGUGGAACUGGAACUGGAUGUGCUCCAAGUGCCCGCUCGCUAUCAUCUCAGCAUUUGGGAGCGUCUCGGCCAGUUUUGGUUGUACUUUGCCUCCUUCUUUGGCAUCUCGUUUUACAUCAUGAACAAGCUGAAGGACUUUCUCUUCGGUCGACACAUCCUACGCUCGUGGGAGAUCAUACCCUGGAAGAAGCUAUACUGACACGAAUCGGGUGCCAUCCUGGAGAUGGACAACUUCUCGAUUGGCGAGUGAUUCCCAAUGCAAAUUCAUUGUCAGUCAAAUAAUAAAUAUAACAAAUGUACAGAAAA